AUUCACCUCCCUACCCAACAAAACCUAACCCAACCCGUUGGAAGAUCACUCCACUCGCUGAGGGAAGCGCCUUUACACACAGAGAGAAAGAGAGAGAGAGGAGAGCUAGAUGCAUGUAUUAGCAGGAGGUGGGGAAAAAGGCGCAGAAACGGCUGUCCAGUGGGACAAGGAGCACACUGGUGGGAAUGUGUUGCGGUCCCGGCUGCUUUCUUUCGCCCAGCACAUUUAAGGAGCGUCUUAAUCGGAACGUAGACGCAGGUGUAUCCUCCUCUUCCUCUUUCUCCUCCUCAGACCUACUACCACCUAUCCUAGUUUCCCACGCGCGGACGCGGGAACAACAACAGCGCGGUAGAUGAAUGCACGCGGUGCGUCUCUGUUACGGUGCGCCGCUCUGAAUGUGACGUCGGGGCCACAGCCAGCACAGAUGACCUAAAGCACACUCCGUAAACAGAAGGCUUAUUGAUCACCAUGGCUGACCAGUACAGUAUGUUUCUUACCACGGCGCCACCCCUCCGGCGAGGGAGCACACCCCUGCCUGUCAAGCAUCAGCUGCGGCGAGAGGAGGCCGUAUCCGAUGACUGCGAUUGGAUUCCGGGCCUGGAGGAGCCUACCACGUUGCCUAUCAGUGACACAGGGGUGCCUCGAGAUGACUCCUUCAGCCAGUCGUUGUCAGCACAGCCGACGUACCAGAGCCAUGGAGGGGCCCUGAGGAUAGUGCUGCUGGGACAGAAUGGCGUGGGCAAGUCGUCCCUUGCCUUAUCCCUGGCUGGACAGUCAGACAGAUCGCUCUCUAUAGACUCUGAGACACAAGCUUGUGGUGAGGGGUAUGAGUGCACGGUGACAGUGGACGACGAGGACAGCAAAGUCAUCAUCUUUGACAACUGGAAACAGGACCUGUCCACUUUGCAGAGUGACGUGUGUAUCUUGGUCUUCUCAGUGACUGACAGGCGAAGUUUCCACCGCACCGCCCAGCUCCGCCUCCUUCUCAGGGAGUCACAGCCGCAAACGCCCAUCAUCCUGGUGGGCAACAAGAGCGACCUUGUCCGGUCCCGUGAAAUCAGUUCAGACGAGGCCCAAUCCAGCGCCAUGAUGUUCGACUGCGUCUACCUGGAGCUCUCUGCCUCUUUAGAACACGGCAUUAAUGAGUUACUGGAGGCGGCGGUGCGGACUGCGAGAGGGGACUGCGUGGGUCCUGGGUGGACGGACGGUGACCCGGCCGCAGGACGCCGUGAGAGCCUCACGAGUCGCGCCAAGCGCUUCCUGGCCGGGCUGGUGCCUCGCUCGUACGGCCGAGACCGGGACCGUGGCCGCUACAGGGAAAUGAGCCGCCACCGGGGCAGCAAAAUCCUCCGACAGAAGUCCCGGUCCUGCCAUGACCUCAGUGCACUGUGACACAUGAAAUCAUAUAGAAAUAAAACACACUCAACAUCAACACAAAAAUAUAACAAACUGAAAGAUUUGGUGGGGGGAGGGGGGUGUAUGGUGAGGUCAUAGAAAGAGGUGAAUGAUUACAGCAGAUAGCCUGGAUUGCAGUGAAACCAUCAGCUAAGGUGAUUUUGGGACAAAGGAUACGGAGGUGGGCUGCCUUUCAGCUCCUGCUUUGGGUGAAUCAGCAAACGCUCUUUGCCUUAAGGGAUUGGGAGAAAGAAAAUUAGCAGAGGAGUCAAGGUGCUGAUUUAAAGCCUAAUUAGGCUGAUGGACCAAUGAAUGGCAUCACAAACACACACCCAGGUAGCACGCACUAAUGUAGAGACUUAUAGUAUUUUAUUAUGUAUCCCUGUUGUCAACCCUGUUUUAUAGCAUGCUGAUUAGCAGAAACUCUCCUAUAGGUUUUACAGUGACCCAAAUCUUGACUUUACAGUACCUCAGUGACCAAUAGCAAAUGCACAAUCCCAGUAAUGUUUCAUCCAAUGCCACCUCAAAGGCAAAAUUAUUAUGUGUCCACACUGCAUCGACCAUUUCUGUCCAUACUGUUUUUAAGGCUUGUUUGUUACUAACCACAAUAGUGGCAAUCAGUGUGUUCAUCUGUGACUUUUAUACCAGGUUAAAACAUCAGCACUCAAGCCAUAUUGCUGCUGAAUGCACCGUGGGCAGUCAGCACAGCGAACCCUUUACUGCAGGACGUGAGGCGAACGAUGAAAGGAAAGGCAAUAGCAAAAAAGGGAAGACUAUACUCCUCUUCAAAUGAUGCUGAGUCACGGACCACAGGGAGGCUCUUGGAGCGCGGGAGGAUAAAAACGAAAAACAAAUCUACCUGUCGCUGUUUGAUAUUCUCUUACUGAAUUUUUUCAAGUUGCCGGUUGGAACUUCAAAUGCGUUCAGACUGGUUUCUUCAGGGGGUUAGAAACAGAGGAUGCUCUGGAAAUGUUGGUAUAUCUCCUCAAGCGUCCUGGCAUCACCAACACAUCCUUGCUCGUUUGUCACAGUCCAUUGAGCUCUCCCAUCCCCCACUGGGAAUAAAUACAGUUUGAUUUGACAUCUUUAUGAGUGUUUCUGUGAUAUUUUCAAAGGAAGCAUUGUGAAGUGAAAGCAGUGUGAGGCAGCUGUUAACCAGGUGAAGGAGUGGCAUGGCAGAUCAGCAAAAGGAUGAAACAUUGGGGCUGGAAUGAAGUUUUGGCUUGGAAGUAUAACGAUUCAGUGGAAAAUAUAAAUCAUUCUAUCCUGACUUCAAGUUAAGCCGUGUAAUAAAUUACCCAUUUAUAUGUGGAAAAGCAAAAAGCAGUCAUGACGGGAAAUUCUUUAUCUACUUUGAUAAGAUUCUCCAACUUUUCCUAAAGACCCUGGCCUACAAACGCAAGCUCUCUAAAUUCAGCUAGUUUUUAAGCUUGGAGUUUUUUUACGGAGUAUUUAUUUUAAGGUUCUAUGAUAAAAAAAAAAGCACGUUUCUAAGGGUUUAUAACAUAUUGUUUGUAAGUCCUAAAACUCACUUUUACCUUCCAAUUCAUAAAAUAACUACCACAAAUUAAUCUGACUGAUGUAUACCAAUGUUUUGCAAUUGUAUUUACACCCAUUUAACACUUGGGUAUGUUAUAAACAAAAUGUUGAAACUA